AUGAAAUUAAGCCAAACUGCUUAAACAAAAGUGUCUAGAAUGGAUGAUUCGUUUUCAACAGAUAUACAUAGCAUGUGUUAUAGCAGAGUCAACAUUCUUACAAGUGAAGUUGAGAAGCUAACAGAUGUUUUGGGAACUGCUUCUUAGGAAAUGGAUGUUCUCAAAGAACAGAAUCACGAAUUGUAAAAUUAAAUAUCCGAGAUGGAACAUUCAAAUUAAAUUAUUAAUUAAGAGUUUGAUAAUGUUUGUGAAAGAUUAAAAUAAAAAAGCAUAGAAGCAGAAGAGUAUGCCUUCUAGGUUCAAAAGUUAGCUUUACAAAAACAAGAACUAACUCAAAAUUUGAACAAGGUACUGAAUGAAUUGGAAUAAAUAAAUCAAGUAAUCGACAUUAAAGAUCAAGAAAUUUAAUCUGGAAAAUAACAAUUUAUUGCAAAAACAGAGGAACUACAGUAAAGUUUAUAAUAAACUUACCAUUUGGAUUAGGCCUUGAAGAUAGUAAAGGAAGAAAAAUUAAAAUACAUUUAUGAAUAUUAAUAGUUGUAAAAGUUAGCUGAGGAAUAAUAAUAAUAAAUAAAAGAACUAAAUGAGUAUAGAAUAGCAUAUGAAACAUUAAAAGUAGACUUGAAUAUCCUCAGAGUCAAUUACACAACUUUACUAAAUUAAAAAUUAGAGGAAAAAAAGGAGUUGGAAGCUCAAAUUGAUGUGUUAAGAGACAUGCAUACAUAUACUAUUGAAGAUGCCUAACUAAAAUAUGCUGAUUAAAUUAAAUAAGAAAUACAAUCAUUCAAAUAGCUUUAUGACGAAUAAUACAAAUUCGAAAGGAUGACUUAUGAAUCUGCAUUAGAUCAAAUGAAGAAUUAAGUGGGCACUCUUUCAAUUCAAUUGCAGAAUGCUGAAAUUUUGGUUAGCACUCAUAAGUAAAACUUGAUGAACCAAGCUUAAUUGAGCAUGUUUGAGAAAUCAAAUUAGGUGAGUGAAUUAAAGGCUUAAAAUUACGUCUUAUAGGAUUCUCUUAGGGCAGCCAAUAGAGAGUUGAAUGAAUUGAAAUAAUAAAUGGAGAACGGUAACAUAAUUAGAUUUGAUGACGAAGUGAGGAGAUAGAUUGAAUAUAAAUUAGAUCUAUGUUAGCAAUUACAAUAAGACAAAGAGGAACUACUUAAAGAGAAUGAAUAACUGAAAAGGGAAAAUCAAUUGUUGAAGGAUAACAACGAAUUGAUUUAAUAAAAGAUAUCAUAACAAUCACCAAAUAUAAGUUAGUUGCCUUAAUCUUUACUUGUAAGUUAAAUAUCACCAUCAGGCUUUUAAGGCAUUUCUCCUGGAUUUAAGAUCAAUGAAAGCGAAAAAAUAAAGUAUUUAUUGAAGACUGUUGAUCAGUUACAAAAUGCAAUAAAAAACCGAGAUCAAGAGAUUACAAAAUUAUCAUAGAUGGCCAGUACUAAUGUUGGAUUGUCUUCACUUUUAAAUAAGCAAAAUUCAGGAGUGCGAUAUGACAAUCUCAAUUCAGAAAAUAUAAAUGCCUUUGAUAAGUAAUUAUGA